AUUACUCAUUAAAUUCCCUACUCUGUACUCCCUACUCCGUACUCCGUACUACCCCGCCGAAACUUGGAACUAUGGGUUGCAACUUCCUAUGUACAUACACUGGCAUAGAACGCGCCUUCUGCUCUGCCGAGUAGACAAGGUACACUCACGACAGACAUACGUACCUACACGUACUUCCAAACGACAAAACCAGGAAUAACCACGACCUGCUUGUCUUUAGCCCAAACACAAACUAUCCCGAAAUGGCCGAUACACCAGCCCCCCCAGCCCAGUUCACUCCCCGCUUCCGCACGGAUAUCUAUCCAUUCAUUCAUCCUUCCAAGUUUAGAGGUACUCUGCAGGACAAGGUCGCCAUCAUCACAGGCGCUGCGGGAGCCAUAGGCCAAGCUCUCGCCGAGUCAUUUGCUGUGGCAGGCGCGAAACUGGUGUUUACAUACCACAAUACGCCGCCGCCGCCCGAGUUAAAAGAAAGGUGUAUGCGGUUCGGGGCUGCGCAGGUGGAGUUUGUCAAGUGCAACGUUGCCGAGCUGGAGGGGUGUGAGUCGCUGGUGAAACAGGCGUUUGACCUCUAUGGAAAGGUCGAUAUACUCGUCAACAAUGCCGGCGCGAACGGCUUGGGACCGAUGUAUGCUCAGGAUCCGCGCGACUUUAUCCACGACAUUGCCGUCAACUUCCACGGUCCGUACUACCUCAUGCGGCUGCUGCUCCCGCACUUCCGCGAGCGGCGCAGCGGAUGUGUGCUGAAUAUUGCGUCGCGCGCGGGCACCGUCGCCAUCCCGUACAGCACGAGCUACUGCGCGAGCAAGGCGGCUCUCAUCAACCUGACAGCGUGCACGCAAAAGGAGAUGGACGUCGAAGGGCUGGAUGACGUGCACCUGUACGCGCUGCAUCCGGGAGGCAUCAAGAGUGCCAUGACCUUGAAGAAGUACGCCAGCGAGUCCGUGUCCUCCCUCCCGCCUCAGGCACAGUCCAUCUUCGCCAACCAGCUCGACAUCUACAACGACUCGCCGUACCUGAACGGCAUGGUGUGUGUGGCACUGGCGACGGGUGUGGGCAAGCGCGUGCUGCGGGGCAAGUACUUUGACGUCGGGCAGGACCUCGAAGACGUGCUGGCGCAGGAGGAGGCCCUGAAAGCGGAUCCGGACCUGUACACGUUGCAUACCAGCUUUCUGGGCGACUUGACAAAUGCCGGAGUGCCGCGGGGGGGCUAUCAUGCGGAGGAGGUCAAGUUUGCGUUUCCCGGUUUUUGAGUCGGUUGGGGGUGGUGGUGGUGGUGGAGGAUGGUUUUUCGUCUAUUGGAUAUCCUCUAAGCGGGUCUUAGACGUGCCUGCGACGGCGGCAAGGCAGGUUGGGGGGCGGGGGGAGGGGCGGUACUAGUAGGGAAUGUCAAAGGGUUUUCGGCUUUUGGUUGCCCGAACCGCCCACGGGAGGGUGAAAGAGAUGUUGGUUCGCAUCUUGCGCAGUAUGCAUGCACAUUACCGCGCACUGGUGACUUGCGGCAUACGUGUAUUGAAUCCGAAACCGGAUGGAGCAAACCGGAU